AUGUCAAACGAAAUGGAAGUCGACCCUCCGGUCCAACAAGAGGAGGCGCCAGCACAAUCCGGCAAUGGCGCCUUCGAACCACGAACAGAAUCGGGCGCCGUCGCGGUGCGCAGUAUUGAAGGAUGGAUUGUGAUAGCCACAAAUAUCCAUGAAGAAGCAUCUGAGGAGGAUGUGACAGAUCUGUUUGCAGAAUAUGGAGAGAUUAAGAACUUUAACUUGAACCUUGACCGCCGGACGGGUUAUGUGAAGGGAUACGCUUUGAUCGAAUACUCGACCGUCUCUGAAGCCGACGAAGCCGUUAAGUCGUUGAACGGCUCCAAAUUGCUCGAUCAGACUAUCAACGUCGACUAUGCUUUCGUCCGGCCUCCGCCAUCAGGUAAAGGGAAGGGCGGUCGUGGUGGACGGGGUAGCAGCAGGAGUCGUGAGAGGAGUCGCAGCCCCGGUGCUGAUAACGGGCGAGAUUAA